AUGUUUCGUCUGUUAAAUUUGUUCGCCCUUCUGGGCGGUCUGGCGUGUGCCUGCCAAAGAGACUGGGAUGCGCUACACCGCCGCAUACACCAGCACCAGGCCCAUAACAAGCAUGCCAAACGGGCAGAAGUAGAGUUCCCGCCUACUCUGACAGAGACUGAAUCAGUUCUCGUAAAUUCAUUUGACCACAAGAGUCUGAGCGACUGGUCCUACUACUACACUCAUGGCGACCACCUGGGCUCCCACAAUAAGUCGAUGGCGGAGUGGACAGCACAGAAGUGGAAAGAUGCUGGUUUCGACUCCUGGCUGGCCGAGUACCCCAUCUGGUACACCUACCCCGAACAUUCGAGCUUGGCGCUUAUCAGGGCAGAUGGGACAACCCACAAGGCGAACUUGGUCGAAGAUGUGUUGGCCGAGGACGAUACAAGUAGCUAUCCCAACUUGAUCCCGGCCUACCAUGCUAUGAGUGGGAGUGGUAAUGUCACCGCGGAAUAUGUUUACGUUGGACGCGGUACUCGUGCUGACUUCCAGGUCUUGAUUGACGCUGGGAUCGACUUGAAAGACAAAAUUGCAAUGGCGAAUUAUGGCGGCAUAUACCGAGGCACCAAGGUAAAGAAUGCCCAAGACAACGGGAUGGCAGGCUGCAUCAUCUACACGGAUCCACUUGACGAUGGAGAGGUUACCGAGGAAAAUGGUUAUGAGGCGUAUCCAAAUGGCCCGGCUAGGAACCCCUCUUCGAUUCAGAGAGGCAGCGUCCGCUUCUCGUCCCUCUAUUCUGGUGACCCGUCGACUGUCGGUUGGGCUUCCGCUCCUGACUCUCCUCGUGGGAAUACCUCGCUCUACAACCCAUCUAUACCAUCCAUACCAAUUAGCAUGAAAGAUGCGCUUCCGCUCCUUGCGAGCCUUCAAGGGCACGGUGUCACCGCCAAAGAAGCCAACCGAAGCGGUUGGAUAGGCGGUUUCGGUAAUAUCACUUAUGACUCUGGACCUGCUCCCGGCGCGCUCGUCAAUAUAGACCAUCUGAUGCACGAGUCGAUUGAGCCUGUCUGGGACGCCAUCGGUGUUAUCAACGGAACAAGCCCGAACGAGGUCGUGGUUGUUGGGAACCACAGAGACGCGUGGGUGAUCGGCGGCGCAGCAGACCCAAAUUCAGGCAGCGCUGUGCUCAUCGAGCUAGCCAAUGCAUUUGGAAAGCUGCUUGAGAAGGGAUGGAAACCGCGAAGGACUAUCAUUCUUGGUUCAUGGGACGCCGAAGAGUUCGGCCUCCAGGGCUCAACCGAAUGGGUUGAGUCUCAUCUUCCCUGGCUGCAGACCACUGCAGUGGCCUAUCUCAACCUUGACGUUGCAGUCUCGGGCCCGAGACCUGCCUUCUCUGGCUCUGGUGAGAUUCAGACCUUUGUAGUUGAACAGAUGAAGAAGAUCAUCUUCCCUCAAGACUGGGGAAACUUCCCCACGCUGUACGAUAUGUGGUACAAUGUAACAGAGGGCGAGAUCUCUCCGCUUGGUAGUGGCUCUGAUUAUGCCAGCUUCUACCAAAACGGAAUUGGCUGUAUCGAUAUCGGCAGCGACGGCGGGAAGACGGACCCCGUCUACCACUAUCACUCCAACUACGACUCCUAUGCUUGGAUGUCUAAAUUCGGCGACCCAGGUUUCAAGCUGCACACAGCAAUCGGCCAAUGGAUGACCCUGAUACUCUACCACAUAGCUGACGACCCCCUGAUCCCGUGGGACCUCCCCAACGCCGCCAGCGUCCUCUCGGCAUACCUCGACGAGCUGACCGAGACCGUCGCGGAAUCCGACCUGCCCGGGCUCGACAUCUCGCCCAUCGCGGACGCCGUCGCGCAGUUCACGGAGCAGGCGGAGAACAUCGACAAGGUGGCGCAGACGGCGGUGUCCUUUGAUGACGGCGUGAUACUCGAGGUGGUCAACUCCAAGUUCAGGGAUUUCUCACGCGGGUUCGCGAGCGCGGGAGGGUUGCCCGGGCGUGAGACGUUCAAGAAUGUAAUUUCUGCGCCGGGAAUCGAUAAUGGGUAUGGUGCGGACGUGUUUCCUGCUGUUACAGAUAACAUCAACGCGGUCAAUGAAGAGGCUGCUGUCGAGUGGAUUGGCAAGACGGCCAGAGCGGUGUUGAGGGCCGCGGAGAUCUUGAGGAAUGAAUUUUUAAAGCUUUAA